AUGCAAAUUUCUCGCUGUGGCAUUCAUGGUUUCCAUGAAGUGCUUGGAAUUGACACUGAUGAGAUCCGCUUCUACUGGGCAAUCAAGAGCGAAGACCAGGAUGCCGUUCAAGUGGCGUAUCGUAUUGUGGUGACAACCGAUGCGACAGAUUUUGAAGCAGAAGGCUCAGAUCAAUCCAAACUGGUUUGGGAUUCCCAACGCGUUGAGAGCAACGAACAAAGAAACAUCACCUGCAAGCCCUCCAACGGCUUCCACUCCACUUCCAGUCACUUUUGGCGGAUCACAGUCUGGGAUCGAGCCAACAAUGUUCACCACAGCUCGAUCAACCACUUUUUUACAGCUUAUCCGCGGUCCAACCUUCUUCCCCCGUACAGUAUGAACCAGACAUACAUGCCUCACAGCAGUUUGAUCUUUAAGUCUUGGUUUGAAGACGAGGCAAAUCGCUGGAAAGCUGUUUGGAUCGGGAAUGGAGGAGACAAGCCCAUUUAUCUGAGGAAGUCCUUUGACUUGGCGCGAAAGCCAGCUCGAGCCAUCUUGUUCGCAUCGGGCCUCGGCCAUUUCAAUAUGUCGAUCAAUGGCCAGCCAGCCUCCGACCAUCGUCUCGAUCCAGGUUGGACCAAUUAUCACCGCCGUGUCCAGUUUACAUCCUACGAUGUGACAGAGCGUCUUGAUGCAGGUCGGAAUGCACUGGGUGUUCAUCUUGGCAACGGGUUCUAUGCUGGAGACAAAGGAGGUGAUGAUCGAUUCUUCUGGCCAAUGUACGAAGAUAAUACAUACGUCCGGUACGGCAAUGAGCUUUGCUUCUUUGGUGAAUUGCAUCUUUUCUACGAGGAUGGCGAGCACAAUGUUCUUAUCUCCGAUGCUUCUUGGAAAGUGAGGAAGAGCGCUACCACACUUGCCAACAUUUAUGCCUCCGAGGACCAUGAUAGACGUCUCUACCCUUCAGGCUGGGAUUCUGCUAGUUUUGAUGAUAUCGAAUGGGCACCAGUCAAGCCUCUCACCGGCCCGAGAGGUCAUCUUUACUACCAGACCCAGCCUCCGGUUGUGCUGCAUGAAACCUUCGAGCCGCUCAAGAUUCAUAGCCCCAAGAAGGGGAUUGUGUGCUAUGACCUGGGUCAAAAUUCAUCAAUCAUGGUCAAAAUCGCGGUCGAAGGCAAGGCGGGCUCUCAGAUCAUUGUUCGAUACUCGGAGACUGUCACAGAAGAUGGGACCGUUUUGAUGCCCGAUCCUCUGUUCAAGGAGUUCGAGACAGGCGUCUUUUCCAAAAUAACCCUCGCUGGUACUGGCAAGCCCGAGAUAUGGGAGCCAGACUUCAGCUUCACGAGUGCUAGAUACCUCCAGGUAGAGGGCGUGUCUUUGGAUGCAGGUGACGGAUUGCCAAUCAUUCAUUCUGCGGUUGGUCGUCACAUCUCAUCCGCAGCGAGAAAGCUCGGAUCUAUGACAACCGACAAAGACGAUGUCAACUCGUUACUGAGUGCCCUGUAUUGGUCGUUCAGCAGCAACCUCUUCAGCUACCACACGGAUUGCCCACAGAUCGAGAAGUUUGGCUGGCUUGAGGUCACUCACCUCCUGGCACCGGCUACACAAUACAUUCGUGAUAUGGAGUCCUUGUAUACCAAAAUUUUGGACGAUAUCCUGGACAGCCAGGAGGCUAGUGGUCUCGUGCCAACGAUGGCACCCGAAAUCCGGUAUAUGUGUGGUCCUCUGCAUGAUACAAUCACCUGGGGCUGUGCAAUUUGUCUGCUGCCGGAUAUUCUACGACAAUAUUAUGGGUCCACACACGUCAUCCCCAAAGUCUAUCCCGCUGCAGUUCGAUAUAUGGAAUACAUGCAGACCAAAGAGCGCAAGGGGGGACUGAUUGAGCACGGACUCGGCGACUGGGGUCGAGGCAUCGCCUUCGGCAACAACCAAGCAAAUAUCGAGACAGCUGUUUACUACCGGUGCCUCCAGUGCGUUGAAAUGAUGGCACGCGAGCUUGGCAAGCUCGAAGAUGCAGAGAGGUUCAAACAGUGGUCUGCUCGCAUUUACGACACCUAUAAUCGGCACCUGUUGGUGACCGAUGACCCCUCGCGCCCCUAUGCCUAUUACACAUCCCUCGACAACUACCCAGAAAGAGACUGCGAUGCAAUCGCCCAGGCAAUGGCGUUGCAAUUUGGUCUGGUGCCCGCCGAGCGCCACAGCGACGUGAAGGCGGCGUUCCUGGACGAUGUAGCCGAUGGCAAGAUCCGCGCUGGUGAAAUCGGACUGCGCUUCCUCUUCAACACGUUGGCUGAUGCAAAGCGUCCGGAUCUCGUUUUACAAAUGGCGAGACAGGAGGAGCACCCAUCAUACAUGCGGUUCCUCCGCCGGGGAGAGACAACCCUCCUAGAGUUUUGGCAGGAUGAAUGCCGUAGUAAGUGCCACGACAUGCUGGGAACAAUUUACGAAUGGUUCUAUGCUGCUGUCCUUGGGUUGAAGCCUAUUUCAGAGGCAUACCGCACCUUUGAGAUUGAUCCUCCUUAUGAGUCUGAGUUCACUCAUGUCAAGGGGUCUGUCGAUUCUCCCUAUGGAUUGAUUUCGAUUGAGUUCACCCGAACUGAGGAUAUCUCGGUGAAACUGGACCUUCAGGUGCCGUUUGGAACGACUGCUACUGUUAAGCUGCCGGUCAAUAUGAAGCAGGCUGAGGUUAUCGGUGGCAAGGAGGAAACGAGAUCCGUCGAUGGGAGAGAAUUGGACCUCACCCAUGGAAUGUACACUGUAUUUAUUCAGCUAUAG